AUGGACGCGGUCGCCCCCAGCAAAGAGCACCGCGCGCCCCGCGCGGGGGCGAAGGCGAAGAAGAAGAAGGCCGCGGCGACGAAGAAGAAGGGCACCGAGCAAGCGAAGGGCAACAACCCGAGGGCGUUCAUCUUCAAGAGCUCGUCGAAAGCGCGUAAAGCGCGCACGGUCGCCGCGGAGAAGCAGCAGCGGAAACUCCGCGCGCCGAUCAUGGACAGGACCGGGGACGAGCCGCCGCCGUUCGUCGUCCUCGUGCAAGGCCCGCCGGGAUGCGGGAAGAGCACGGUGAUCAAAUCGCUCGUGAAGCACUACACCCGGCACGCGCUGAGCGAGGUGAAAGGCCCGAUCACGGUCGUCAGCGGGAAGAAGCGACGGAUACAGUUCAUCGAGGUGAGGAACGAUCUGAACGAUAUGGUGGACGCCGCGAAGAUGGCGGACCUCGUGUUGCUCUUGGUCGACGGCUCGUACGGGUUCGAGAUGGAGACGUUCGAGUUCUUAAACGUGUUGCAGGUCCACGGGUUCCCGAAAGUGAUGGGCGUGCUGACGCACUUGGACGACUUCGUGGACCCGAAGAAGCUGAAGAAACAGAAGAAGACGCUCAAGUCGCGGUUCUGGGCGGAGAUUUACAACGGCGCGAAGCUGUUCUACCUGUCCGGGAUGCAGCACGGGAGAUAUAACAAACGCGACACGCUGAACCUCGCGCGGUUCAUCUCCACGUCGAAGUUUCGACCGCUGACGUGGCGGACGUCGCACCCGUACGUCGUCGGCGACCGGUUCGAGGACAUCACCCCGCCGGGCUUAGUCCAGGCGAACCCGGGGAUGGACCGCGACGUCGCCGUGUACGGGUGGCUGCACGGGUGCAACCUGAAGAGAGGGCAGCUCGUGCACGUCGCGGGCGUCGGCGACUGCGAAGUGAGCGAACUCGCGGAGCUGCCAGACCCGUGCCCGCUGCCGUCCACGGAAAAGAAGCAGAGGAAGUUGGACGAACGAUCGAAGCUGCUGUACGCGCCGAUGUCCGACGUCGGCGGGUUGUUGUACGACAAGGACGCGGUGUACAUCUCCAUGGACGACAGGAACGUGAACUUCUCGAAGCGGGACGGAGGCGGCGCGGGCGCGGGAGCGGGCGCGAGCGGCGGCGGCGGCGGCGGCGGCGGCGGGAUAGUCGGCGAAGACGGCGAGGGCGUCGGCGUGGGGAUGGUCCACGGGUUACAAGACACGCAGCUCGCGCUGGACGAGAAGCUCGCCGCGAGCGAGAUCACGCUGUUCAGAGGGCAGAAGACGCUCAAAGGGGACGACGACUACGACGACGACUACGAAGACGACGGAGGCGAAGCGUACGACGACGACGACGACGAGGCUGACGACGACGACGACGACGAUGAAGACGAAGACGUGGGCGUCGGACGCCGCCGUCGCGCGGAAGCCGCGAGCGGCCGCACCCGCCGCGCGGCGGUGUUCACCGACCACGGCGUGCGAGAGGCCGGCGACGACGACGACGACGGCGACGGCGACGAUCGCCCGUAUGAAGACGCGGACAGCGACGACGACCUCGGUUUAGACGGCGCGCGCGACGACGAGGAUGAGUACGGGUUGGGGCGAAACGCCGCGGACUGGAAAGGGCGAAUGGUCAACGGCGUCGCGAAGGGGAGGCAUAAGUCUUUGAUGGAGAUGGUGUACGACGAGGACGACGCGGACGACGCGGACGAGGCCGACGCGGCGGAGGAGGAGGACGACGACGAUGAAAACUUUUUCAAAAAAGCGCGCGAGGACGACGGCAAGAAAAAGCAAGACGCGUUCGACCGCUCGAAGUUCUUAGGCGAGGUUCGGGACGAACUCGACCUCGAAGACCCGUCGCUGCGGAACCGUUUCGUGACCGGCGACUGGAACGCCGCCGCGGAGAGGUCCGCGGCGGAGCCCGGGGAGGAGGGCGACGACGACGACGGCGGCGGCGGCGACGACGAAGACGUCUACGGCGACUUCGAGGACGUCGAGACCGGAGAGAAGUUCGGUCCCGGCGAGGGCGGCGGCGGCGGGGACGACGAAGACGAAGACGAAGACGAGGAUGGCGAGGAGGAUGGCGAGGAGGAUGGCGAGGAGGACGAGGAAGCAGAACGCCGCAGGCUGGAGAAGAUCGCGAAAAAAGAAGAGUUUUUAGAGCUCGACGCGAUGCCGGAGUCGACGAGGACGGCGCUCGAGGGCCACCGCCCGGGGGCGUACCUCCGACUGAUCCUCAAGAGGGUCCCGCGUCACUGGGUGAUCAACUUCGACCCCGGGCGGCCGCUCCUCGUCGGCGGGCUCCUCCCUUCCGAGGACACGAUGGGGUACCAGCAGCUUCGUCUGAAGAAACACCGGUGGCACCGGAAGAUCCUGAAGAACAAAGAUCCGCUCGUGUUCUCCAUCGGAUGGCGGCGGUUCCAGUGUUGCCCCGUGUACUCGAUGCAAGACGCGAACUCGCGUCAUCGGAUGAUCAAGUACACGCCCGAGCACAUGCACUGCCACGCGACGAUCUACGCGCCGAUGAUCCCGCAGAACACCGGGGUCGUGUGCUUCCAGUCGCUGUCGAACAAGCUCGCGACGUUUCGCAUCGCCGCGACCGCGGUCGUGCUCGAGGUGGACCACUCGAUCAAGAUCAUGAAGAAGCUCAAGCUCGUGGGGCACCCGUCGAAGGUGUUCAAGAACACCGCGUUCAUCAGCGGCAUGUUCAACUCCCCGCUCGAGAUCGCCAAGUUCGAGGGCGCGGCGCUGAGGACCGUCUCCGGGAUUCGAGGCGUCGUGAAGAAAGCCAAGGAGAAGGGCGCGCCGAAGGGCGCCGACGAGGGAACGUUUCGCGCGUCGUUCGAGGACAAACUGCUGCUGUCCGACAUCGUGUUCCUCCGCGCGUGGGUCCGCGUCGACGUCUCGAAGUACUACAACCCGGUCACGUCGCUGUUGCUCAAGAACGGCGAGAACUGGAUCGGGAUGAAGACCGUCGGGCAGCUGCGGUACGAGCAGAACAUUCCGAUUCCGGUCAACGCGGAUUCCAUCUACAAGCCGAUCGAACGCCCGACGCGCGUCUUCAAUCGUCUGCAGAUUCCGAAAGCGCUCCAAGCGCAGCUGCCGUUCAAGUCCAAGCCGAAGAUCGAAGCGCCGCGGAAGCGCGAGACGCUGGAGCAGCGCCGCGCGGUCGUCAUGGAACCGGAGGAGAAGAAGCUCGCGACGUUGGUGCAGCAGCUGAACACGAUUCGAAACGACAAGGCGGGGAAGCAACGCGACAAGGCGGCGGCGAAGAGGAAAGCGCGCGCGAAGGAUCAGGCGAAGGAGCAGGCGUGGCGGGACGCGCACCAGAAGGACACGCGGAAGAAGCGGUACCGGGAGCAAGGGCAAGCGGAGAAGAGGAAGAUGAUGAAGUCGCAGUAGAAGAAGCCACGUUGUUAGGCGCGAACGAACCGAACGAA